GCACUCAAUAUGGCCUCACGCGUAUACAUCAAGCAGGUCAAUAUUCACCUCAAGGUGUCAAAAAGAAAUGAAGGAAAAAUUAUAAAGAAGGGAAUAUUUACACCUCACUGUUAUGUAAAUACUAGUAAACAAAAAAUCAGGUCAUUGUUAACAUGACGUCACAAACGUUCCAGUUUUUGUGUCUGAGCCUAUUAAUCACGUGGACAAAUGGUCAAGGUGCGGAUCCGUCGGCUGUUAAAGAGUGUACAGAACAAGGGAAAUGUUACUGGAAGGGUGAGUGUAAAUCCCCGGGGCGGGGGCGGAUCUGGCAGGAUGUGGAGGAGUGUGCCGACAUGUGGUGCCACGCCUACCAGUUCAGCAAGUACAUCGCCAUCAGAGUGGACAGGUUUUAUGGGUGUCGAUACAAAGACCAGUGUAGAAAGAAGGAUGAGGAGUGGGAGGAAGAGGGGUGUGUCAAGCGGAAGUGUAUAAUUGAGGGACCACGUGGGUACACCAGGACUAUCAGCGUAUCAGAACUAGGUUGUACCGAUUCUAAGGGGGUGUGUCACUUUCCCGGAAGUGCGUGGGAGGAAAACUGCGUCCAAUAUCAGUGCGUCAACACAAGGAAUGGAACUUCCAUUAAGGCGACACAAAAUAUAAUCUGGAAAGAGGAAUUGAAGUGGUCAAAGACCACUGACAAUAAGUGUAUCACCAAACGCUGUGUGAUAGACCAGAGCGAUAAAAUUUCAGUGGACACGAUGUAA